CCUUGGAACAGCAUCAAUCAGUGACUCGAGCCUCAGAAGCCUUCAGAGACUGAGCACGCUCUAAUCAGCAGUGAAUAACUUUUCACAACGGAAGUGGCGGACAGAGGCAUAUGUAAGCAUAUUUACAGGCGUUUAUUCAGCAUCAGGAACGAGGGAAAACCAUGUCUGCUUCCCUUCGUGUCUAAGCAAACAGCAGUAUAGCAAAAGCUAUAUACAACGGAAGUUCCCAGCAAGCUGUGCUGGAAUGUAAACAGACAUGUGACAUACAGCAGCUCCACAUGCCAGUCCUAAAGGUGGAAUGGAACUCUAUCCUAACAGGGCCAGGCAGUGAAUUUUUUUCCAUAGGGGAGCAGUUAGGGCCAGAGGCAGCAGCUUGCAAGGGGACGGGGUGUGUGUGUUAUGCAUGUGACAUUGUGACACCCUGACAUUGUAUGUGUGAGCAUCGCGCCUCCCUCCCUAAGCCAGGCAGAAGCUUCUCAGGCUAUGUGAAGGAGGUGCCAGGGCAGGAUGAUGGAGUUGUCCUACCUCCUUCCAAAAGCCAGAUGGGCUUUGGGAAGAUGGCAGGAUGGAUCCAUGACCCAUUGGAACCUCACACCUCCCUCCCUGAGCCGGGCAGAAGCUUCCCUUGCUUUGGGAAGGAGGCAACAGGGGAACAUUUAGGGGCUAGCCUAGUCCCCUUAGUCCAAUGACCGCAUGCCACUGAUACAUCCCCUAACUAGAAAAGCUAGCCAACAAACUGGAACUGGCAUGGGGACAAACAACAGAGGAUCCUUCACCCCAGUGGGGCUCCCUUUACUACAGUGCUCUUUUUCUAGAAAAAGAGGUGCCGGAACUCACCACAAACACCUCCCUCAUUCUCUUAGGAUGCCAAUAGCACCCACCCGAGAGGUGCCAGAACUGAGUUCCAGCUGAAUAAAAGCCCUGCAUAAAAAGGUAAAGGUAAAGGACCCCUGACAGUUAAGUCCAGUCGCGAACGACUCUGGGGUUGCAGCGCUCAUCUCGCUUUACUGGCUGAGGGAGCCGGCGUUUGUCCGCAGACAGUUUUUCUGGGUCAUGUGGCCAGCAUGACCAAGCCGCUUCUGGCGAACCAGAGCAGCGCACGGAAGCGCCGUUUACCUUCCCGCCAGAGCGGUACCUAUUUAUCUACUUUCACUCUGACGUGCAUUCGAACUGCUAGGUUGGCAGGAGCAGGGACCGAGCAACGGGAGCUCACCCCGUCGCGGGGAUCGAACCGUCGACCUUCUGAUCGGCAAGCCCUAGGCUCAGUGGUUUACAACAUCCCAAAAGUCCAUUCCCCCACACAUACAAAACUCAUUGCAAUCAACCGAAUGCAACCAAUCAUGCCCCGGGCUCCCCAAUCUCAGAGCCAACGAAAAUUAAUAAAUGAACAGAUGAAGAACUUACCCAUAUGAUGCUGACACAAAACGCCACCCAUACACCAUGCAAAAGAAGGGAAAUGAUUGCACCUCUUCUCUCUCCCACCUUUCUCCCCACCCCUGGCAACCUCACAAUGGCUUUGAUAGCAAUGUCUCACACCAGAUGUAACUGACCUGCAGAUAAGACUCUUAUGAACUGAAAACAGAGACGUUAUAUGUACCUUUGUCAUCCAUGGGAAUCUUUCAAUAAAAUCUUUUUUUUUUUUUUUUUGGCCUCCCAUUAACCUUGGAAAGCAGAGCUACUUCAAGACCUUUUGCUGCCACACCCCUUGCCCCAAGCGAAAAUGCGCAAGACCUAAUGCCAAGUUAUUUCUGGUCUGUGAUGCAGAAAAUCCCACAAGCACCUAUCCUCUUCUCUGGUGCUAAAGAUGCAAAAAUAAUUAACUAGCCAUUUUUGCCAUUUCUUUACAACCAAUGUCCUCCACCCAAGGCAUCUUCCUCUCUCUGCCCAGCGGCUUCAAGUUACAUAAGGCCCUGUUCACAUCCAGGCUAGAUGGCUGUGCACUGGUACCUUGGUUGUUGAACGGCUUGGCUCUCAAAUGCCACAAACCUGGAAGUGAGUGUUGCGGUUUGCGGAAGUUUUUUGGAAGCCAAACAUCCGACGCGGCUUCCAUGGCUUCUGAUUGGGUGCAGGAAGCUGCUGCAGCCAAUCAGAAGCCGCACCUUGGUCUUUGAACCAUAUGAGGAGUCGAAUGGACUCCCGGAACGGAUUAAGUUCGACAACCAAAGUACCACUGUAAUGUGUUUUCUGUAGGGCCACCGUUAAAAAAACCAUUCGGAACUUUUAGUCAGCAUAAACUUCAGCCACCAAAAUGCUUUGUUGUUGUUUAGUGGUGUCCAACUCUUCAUGACCCCAUGGACCAGAGCACACCAGGCACUCCUGUCUUCCACUGCCUCCCACAGCUUGGUCAAACUCAUUCUGGUAGCUUCGAGAACACUGUCCAACCAUCUCGUCCUCUGUCGUCCCCUUCUCCUUGUGCCCUCCAUCUUUCCCAGCAUCAGGGUCUUUCCCAGGGAGUCUUCUCUUCUCAUGAGGUGGCCAAAGUAUUGGAGCCUCAGCUUCAUGAUCUGUCCUUCCAGUGAGCACUCAGGGCUGAUUUCUUUAAGAAUGGAUAGGUUUGAUCUUCUUGCAGUCCAUGGGACUCUCAAGAGUCUCCUCCAGCACCAUAAUUUAAAAGCAUCCAUUCUUUGGCGAUCAGCCUUCUUUAUGGUCUAGCUCUCACUUCCAUACAUCACUACUGGGAAAACCAUAGUUUUAACUAUACAGACCUUUGUUGGCAGGGUGAUGUCUCUGCUUUUUAAGAUGCUGUCUAGGUUUGUCAUUGCUUUUCUCCCAAGAAGCAGGUGUCUUUUAAUUUCGUGACUGCUGUCACCAUCUGCAGUGAUCAUGGAGCCCAAGAAAGUAAAAUCUCUCACUGCCUCCAUUUCUUCCCCUUCUAUUUGCCAGGAGGUGAUGGGACCAGUGGCCAUGAUCUUAGUUUUUUGAUGUUGCGCUUCAGACCAUAUUUUGCGCUCUCCUCAUUCACCCUCAUUAAAAGGUUCUUUAAUUCCUCCUCACUUUCUGCCAUCAAGGUUGUGUCAUCUGCAUAUCUGAGGUUGUUGAUAUUUCUUCCGGCAAUCUUAAUUCCGGCUUGGGAUUCAUCCAGCCCAGCCUUUCGCAUGAUGAAUUCUGCUUAUGUGGCCAAUAAUAAGAAUAACUUGUUAUUAUUUGUACCCUGCUCAUCAGGGCUUUCUUUUCAGCCGGAACUUGUUGGAACUCGUUGGGUGCCAUUGCCAUUCUAAGAGAACAAGGCUGACUUCCAGCACCUUCUGCUUCUAGAAAAGCAUCACUGCCACUCAUCCGAUUGGCUUGCCCUGGGCACCAGCUUCCAGUGAGCACCAGCCGCCACUGGUUGACUUUUCAGAUCACCUGGAAUUCUGCGAUUCAAACAGGUUUGCCUCGCCUCUUCCUCUAUAUGUUGCUUUGAAUGCAACAAUAUAUUGCACAAGUUUACAUUAACCGGCGAAGAUGGUAAUCUCUCUUGGAGGUGCCCAAUUCAGGGUGUGUUGACCUCCUACUGAUGUCUCAACCGCCUCAGUGUUGCUGGCUUUCCUUCACGGAACAUUUUCCCCCUUAGACUUCCUUUUCUUUUUUUCCUGCUAUGAUGUGCAAGGGAAGGAGGUACGGCUGUUAAGAAGUAAGUAGAAUUGGCAAAGGUUUAUGCGUGUGUGUGUAGAGAUAAAGGUGUGAAACAGGGUGCUUUUUUCCUGCAUCCAAAGCUCAGGAAUAGUGCUGGUGCCUAGAUUCAGUGCUAAAGCAUCCUCAUAGAAAAGUUGCCUGACUCUGGGCAGUGAAGACUUUUAUUCCAGAGCAGGGAUGGAAGGAUCUGAUAAUUUUGGUUCUUGCAGUUUCUCAUUUUUCUGGUUUUUCAUUUCUGCAAUAAUUUGCAAUUAUCACUAUUCUUCUUCUUUAGCGAUCACUCGUAGCUGAGUAAGAUUGUCUUCCAUGAAAAUGGUCUUAACAGAGAGUCCGUAAGUGACUGGAUCCACACAUCCUUCCACAGUGGGGACAUUAGUUUCCAGGCAGGAGUUGAUCACGGUGAGGGUUUGCCAAACAUGCCUUCUUCUUAGCUCAUUUCUCCCUUUUGUCCUGAGUUUGAGGGUCUUCAAAGUCCAUGAUGCCUUUGGUAAAGGCUGUUCUCCAAUUGGAGCGCUCGCAGGCCAGUGUCUCCCAGUUGUUGGUGUUUACACUACAUUUUUAAAGAUUUGCCUUGAGAGCAUCUUUAAACUUCUUUUGUUGUCCACAGGCAUUACGCUUUCCAUUCUUAACUUUGGAAUAGAGAAGUUGCUUUGUAAGAUCAGGCAUCCAAACAACAUGACCAGUCCAACAUCCCCACCCCACAAGAAUUCUGGGAAUUCUAGUUAACAAAAGGGUGCUGGGAAUUGUAGAUUUGUCGGGUAAACUAAGGUUCCCAAGUUCUUUGUGAGAGAGGGGGUAUGCUCUAAAUGUCCUUUAAAAGUACGGUGUACUCUUAGGAUCUAUGCUGAAAUCGAAACAAUAUCAACACUGAAUCAGGAAAAGGCAACAAUAAGGAAGCGUUUGCAGGAAAGUAUGUUUUUAAUCUUGGCGCUUGCUGUGAUAGGAUAGAUUCCUCAAGUUUAUCAGAAGCCAAAGACUGAUUAAUUAUUCACCUUAUCCAUAGCCACAAUUAAGUUUAAAGAUUAAUUUCAGUCCCCAGAUGUGAGAACGAUACAGACCUGCUGCCAAAGAUCCCAGAAUGAUCAGAUUUGGAGACAUCUUGAAGGUGAUCGGAGAAUUCGGCAGGUUUCAGAAAUGGCUGGUGCUGCUGAUUUGCAUCCCAAAUUUCCUGACUCCCUUUCACAUGUUUGGACAAGUCUUCAUUGUCACGGACGUGCCUCACCACUGCAACACGAACUGGAUCCUUAAUAUUACCCAAAACCUGACCCAAGACCAGCAGCUGAACUUGACCAUUCCCAGGAAACCAGAUGGCUCUUUUGAGGAAUGCUCCAUGUUUACUCCUGUGGAAGGCGAUAUCGAUUCAAUCAUAAAAGACGGACGAAAUUCCACAGAAGCCUGCCGAGAUGGUUGGAUCUACCCCACAGAUCCAAAGCCGUCGUUGCUGACAGAGGUGAGUAUAGUAUAUUCCUUGUUAACAAAACAUGGUCCUGUCUCUUCUGUGGUAGAUGUGUUUGUGUGUGUGUCACAUGCGAUUUGUACUAGACUGCUUUAAAGCGAUUUCAACAUUGGUAUUCACCUGCUAUCCCUACAGUUAAAGAUCUGGAUAGCGAAACUGACAGGACAGGAAAUGACUUGUGGAUAGACUAGUGGCAAUCACCUUCUUUAAGUCUUUUAGCGGCAAGAUUGUAUAAAAGAUCAAGGUGGUGUACCACAAUGUACAUAUAAGCACUACAAAAAGUAAGAACAAUACAAAAUAAUUAUUGACAUGAGUGGCCAGCCAAGGGGAUAAUUGAUUUGACAUGCAUUUUGACAUGCAGCUAUCUCAAGAGGUAAAUUUUUUAAACUGCUGAUUUUAUUUUUUUCGGGAAAAAUAGGCUAACUUCUUUUUAACAUCUCAUUUUUAUUGGCAAUUUUAAUAUAUAAUUUACAUGUGAUGGAAACCGCUUAGAGGUUUUGAUAAUACAGUGGUAAAAGCUCCGCCUAAUUAACUGGGCUACGAUUUGCGAUUCUUAACCAGGAGUUCCCAGGGUAGGUUACAACAAUAAAAUUGUAAACUUUAUUUAUUUAUUUAUUCAGGUUAAGAACUUUGCUUCAGGAUGAGAACAGAAAUUGUGCUCCGGCGGCAGGGCAGCAGCCCCCAUUAGUUAAAGUAGUGCUUCAGGUUAAGAACAGUUUCAGGUUAAGAACGGACCUCCGGAACGAAUUAAGUACGUAACCGGAGAUACCAGAGUAUAGUGGAGUAGAGACAGGUCUCCCGAGGCAAAACACCUGAGCUAUCGAAGGCCAGGUGAACUGUACAGGGAAGAUGGGAGACACACCUUCUGUGGGGAGGGAGUUCCCCAGUUCUGCCACCUAGAAUGACCUCUUCCAGGCUGUGGCUCCCUUGCUUUUGGGGGAUGGUAGAGACAUGGCGCUGUGGGUUAAACCACAGAGCCUAGGACUUGCCGAUCAGAAGGUCGGCAGUAAGCACGUCAAAGUGCAAGUAGAUAAAUAGGUACCCCUCCGGUGGGAAGGUAAACAGCAUUUCCGUGCGCUGCUCUGGUUUGCCAGAAGCGGCUUAGUCAUGCUGGCCACAUGACCUGGAAGCUGUACGCCGGCUCCCUCGGCCAAUAAAGCGAGAUGAGCGCCGCAACCCCAGAGUCGGUCACGACUAGACCUAAUGGUCAGGGGUCCCUUUACCUUUACAAGACUCCAAGAGAACUCCCUCUGAUGCUCAACACCUGAGAGGGUCCUUAGGGAUGUCUGUAUUCAGAUUUUUCUGAGGACUGGAGUGUCUUGGACUAUGGAGCGAUUAAAUGUCAGAGCUCCAGGACCCUAAGAAAUUGAGGAGUGAAGUGGCUCUCCCCCAGCCUCUCUCUCACACAUCGCACACACACACACACACACACACACACACACACACACACACACAGAGAGAGAGAGAGAGAGAGAGAGAGAGAGAGAGAGAGAGAGAUCCAUGGUUUUCAAACUUCCUUCCCUUUGGAGAUCUUUUCUACACUGACGUGUCUCCCAUGGUCCUUUCGAAACACCCACCCUCCAGUAUUUUCCUUCCCCCAAACUGGGAUAUCAGGCAAGAUGCACUCUGGCCAUCAUCAGCAGGGUCGUGCCAGAGCGCUGGACCAAAAAACAGGACCAGAGAGAAGCCGGGAUUGGUUUCUGUGAUCUGGGAUGUCCCACUUAAAACAGGACACUUGGGGUAUGGCAGAAUUGUAGGGUGACUUCUAGGGUGCAUUUUCAGGGUCACACAACAUGCCCAGAAUUCCUUGAAGCAAGAGUCACCCACAUUGUGCCCGUGGGCAUAAUGAAAUCCUUCAGAUCACAUGAGAUGGUGAGGGGUGUGUGUGUUACCUUUUCCUCCCUUGAAAAGUACGUAAAUCUGAAUUAGGAAGAGUGGGGUUUUUUUCCUUCCUCCUCUGGAAAUGCAAGAUGUGUGUUUGCAUACUUUCUCGCCUUCUGUCUUUCAGAGUGGGGGGUGUGAUCUGGGGAAGAGAAGUGACCAGAGGGAGUGAUGCUCACAGCACUCACUCAGAAAUCCCAAUGCGCAUCCCCCUUGCCAUACAUCCGGGUUUUCCAGGACAUUUUGGCAAAUCGGCCAAAAUCUGCCCAAAUGCCAUUCUGCUGUUGCUGCUGCUGCUGCUGCUGCUGCUGCUGCUACUACUACUACUAAUUUAUUAUUAUUUAUACCCCGCCCAUCUGGCUGGGUUUCCCCAGCCACUCUGGGCAGCUUCCAACCGAAUAUUAAAAACAACACAGCAUCAGACAUUAAAAACUUCCCUAAACAGGGCCGCCUUCAGUUGUCUUUUAAAAGUAAAAUAGUUGCUUAUUGCCUUGACAUCUGCUGGGAGGCACCACUACCAAGAAGGCCCUCUGUCUGGUUCCCUGUAACCUCACUUCUCGCAGGCCCUCGUGCUGGACCUCAGUGUCCAGGUUGGAUGAUGGGGGUGGAGACACUCUUUCAGGUAUACUGGAACGAGGCCGUUUAGGGCUUUAAAGGUCAGCACCAACACUUUGAAUUGUGCUCGGAAACGUACUGGGAGCCAAUGAAGAACUUUCAGGACUGGUGUUAUAUGGUCUCAUUGGCCGCUCCCAGUCACCAGUCUAGCUGCCGCAUUCUGGAUUAUUUGCAGUUACCUAGUCACCUUCAAAGGUAGCCCCACAUACAGCACAUUGCAGUAGUCCAAGCGGAAGAUAACGAGAGCUGCCUGAAUCCCGGUCGUGUCUGGGAAAAUCUGGACAUUUGGCAGCCCUAACCUAGUCCAAUUCCCUACAAUCCAGGAAUAUGCAGUUGUCCCAUACGGGCCUCGAACCUACAACCUUGGUGUUAUCAGCACCUCGCUCUAACCAACAGAGCUAUCCAGUAUUAUUUUUCUCCUGAGCUAGGCUGAUCUAGGUGACUUAAGGAAAACAGGCCAAAUUUUGAGGAGCGCGGCUUGUAAUUCAUGAAUCAUAAAGUCAGUCAAAUUAAGAAAAGGGGACGUAUAAUAUACACCAUGCAGUGCUGGGAGAUGGAAGGAAAAGGCGCUUUCUUCUUCUUUUCCUUUAGUUCAACUUGGUUUGCGACCGAAAGGACUUAAAAGACAUCUCUCAAUCCAUUUACAUGUCAGGUCUUCUUGUGGGAGCCUUGGUCUUUGGCCCACUGAGCGACUGGUAAGCAUAACUUUUGAGAUUUCAUGUUGCGGCUGAGAGAAAAUGGCCACUCCACCUGCAGUUGGUGAACAGGGGAGGUAUUUCAGUCAUUUAGAGGGGAGGGGAUUUGCCCACAACUUUGAGGCUGUUUACCUAUUAUAUUUAUUGAACACUUGUUUUGGAUGCAGAAGGCCCCAAAUCUAGACAUCUCCAGCUGGUUGCUGACAAUGCAGUUCCCCAUCUUUCACUUUUCAGUGAAAGCAACCAAGUUUCUGGUCCUCAAGGCUUUUCAAAUGUAUGGGCAUUGCCUGGUGGAAGAUUGGGUUGUUUUUGUUAUGUGUUUUGUGUUUUUAUUUUGUGUUUUUGUGCUGUAACCACCCUGAGGCCUGGGACUAUAGGACGGUGUACCAAUUUAAUUUUAAGAAAAGAUGGCAGAGAAGGAGUUUCAGUGCCCUGCUUAGCUCCUUGCACUUUCUAUGUGCCUUUGCGAGAAAAAAACAUUUCCUGUUCUUCCAGUUGUACACUGGAACGCCCAGUCAGAGGAGUGUGGGCAGCGAUUCUCAGGGUGUGCCUGAGAGGCAAAACAUAUUUCUAGAAGAAGCAAGGGCAAGACAGAACCCAAUGCUGAUACUUUAUGAAGAAAUGGAUCCACUAUGACCUUAGUGAACUGGCCCGUCAGUUUAGCUUAGAUUGCCUCAGGUAGCUUUGGACAACAAUCAGGGUAGCACCAUCAGCUAAGUGCACUGCACUUCAAAAUAUAGUAAAGGUUAUGUUUUUUUGCUGGUGGGUUUCACCUGAUCAGGCUCCUGUUGUUGUUAAAAUUUAUAUACCGCCCUUUGUCUGAGGAUCACAGGGCAGUGUACAAUAUAAAAACACAAAAAUAUGAAACACAGUAACAAACAAAGAACAAUAACCCCCAUAGUUAAUAAGAUGGUUCAAUUAGCCCAAGGCCUGGUUGCCUAGGAACGUUUUCACCCGGCGCCUAAAGGUGUAUAAUGAAGGCGCCAGGCGAGCCUCUCUGGGGAGAGCAUUCUGCAAAUGGGGAGCCACCACAGAAAAGGCCCUGCUCUUGUGUUGCCGCCCUCCAGAACUGUUGCCCUCCAGAGCCAGGGCUUUUUUUGGCCAUGGCCGUGAUCUGGUGGAACACUCUGUCACAAGAGACCAGGGCCCUGAGGGACUUGACAUCUUUCCGCAGGGCCUGCAAGACAGAGCUGUUCCACCAGGCCUUUGGCCAAGGCACAGUCUUGCCCUCUCCUUCUGUAAUCCUCAAAGAACUCUAGCCCAAUGGUUGCCAUUAAUUUGACUCUGAAUUGAUUUUAGAAUGAAUUGAUUUUAGAAUGAAUUGAUUUUAGAAUGUAUUUCAAUUAAUUGAUUGUGAUUUUAUGUAAACUGUGUUAUUUUUACUGUUGUUAGCCGCUCUGAGCCCGGCUUUGGCUGGGGAGGGCGGGAUAUAAAUUUAUUUAUUAUUAUUAUUAUUAUUAUUAUUAUUAUUAUUAUUAUUAUUAUUGUUAUGAAGGAGGCACCUGAAGAAGGGCCUCAGAUGAUGAUCCCAGGAUAAGGGUGGGUUAUAUACAGAGAGGGAGUCCUUCAGGUGUUGCGUUCCUGAGCCAUUUAAGGCUUUAUAGGUCAAAACAAGCACUUUGAGUUGGAAACUAAUUGGCAGCCAGUGCAGUUGGGCCAAGAUUGGCGUUAUAGUUUCAAGCCAUCUUACCCCAGUGAGCAACCUGUCCACCAAAUUCUACGCCAGGUGAAGCUUCCAAACCAUCUUCAGAGGCAGUCCCACAUAUAAUGUGUUGUGGUAAUCUAACCCAGAGGUUACCAGAGCAUGGGCGACAGAAGUUAGCCUAUCCCUGUCCAGAUAGGGGCGCAGCUGGCCCACGAGCCGAAGCUGAAGGAAGGCACUUUGCAACACCAAGGCCACCUGAAUGCAGAAGUACCCAAAACUCGCAUGCCUGCUCCUUCCAGUUUGAGCUGCUGCAUGGAGCUUCUCUCGCUGUUUAGUUAUGCUGCACUAAAAUCAGGUUGUGUUUGAAGGCUGGGUUAUCUGUUGUUUUCUCCCAGAAUCUUAACACAAGAAGCAAUUGCAUGACACAUUUAUAUGCCUUGAAUCUGAAAGGCUCUCAGGGGGUCUUGUGGCACACCUUAAAUGAGGUAGAGUUUGCAGAGCUGGAUUGAGAUGUGCUGAGCUCCCCACCCCAGCUAUGUCAGGUUCAAAGGCCCUCAAAACCUUUUUAAAAUAUACCGUAUUUUUCGCCCUAUAGGACGCACCCGACCAUAGGACGUACCUUGUUUUAGAGGGGGAGAACAAGAAAAAAAAUUCUCCCCCUCUCUGCUCAACGCCCCUUCAGCGAAACGGCAGGAGAAACAGAGCCCCUUCCAUUUCUCCUCCCGCUUGGCUUAAGGGGCGCUGCGCAGCUCUCCCUCUCUGCUGAAGCCGGGAGAGUCUUGCUCUCCCAGCUUCAGCAAAAGGAACCCGAAGCCUUCGGAACGCAGCGCGAGUUCCCGCUGUGCUCCGAAGGCUUCAGCCGGCUAUCCCUGAAGCCUGGAGAGCGAGAGGGGUCACUGCGUAACGACCCCUCUCGCUCUCCAGGCUUCAGCGAAAGCAACGCAAAGCCUCCGGCGUGCGGAGGGAGCACUCGCACUGCGCUUUGGAGGCUUCGCGUUGCUAUCGCUGAAGCCAAGGAGCCUGCAUUCGCUCCAUAGGACGCACACACAUUUCCCCUUCAUUUUUGGAGGCGAAAAAGUGUGUCCUGUAGAGCGAAAAAUACGGUACUUUUUACUGUGUAUAACAACAGAAAGGACAACAAAAUUUAUAAAACUUCUUUAUUUUUUUUAAAAAAACAAAUUUUCAUCAGUUUUUUAACAAAUACAAAUACAAUCAGCAUUAAACACUUAACCCAGCAGUACAGCUAAUGGUGUUUGUUUUACCCAUUGUCUCUAGACAUACUAAAACUUUUUUAAGUGCGUUAUGUACCGAAUCAUAGGUGAGGAUGCGACUGAAAAUGAGCAAAAGCAUCUAUCUUGCAAUAAGCUACUACGGAUAUAAAAUACCUUUUGUAUGAAAAUACAGUGGUACCUCAGGUUACAUAUGCUUCAGGUUACAGACUCCUCUAUCCCAGAAAUAAUGCUUCAGGUUAAGAACUUUGCUUCAGGAUGAGAACAGAAAUUGUGCUCCAGCGGCACGGCAGCAGCGGGAGGCCCCAUUAGCUAAAGUGGUGCUUCAGGUUAAGAACAGUUUCAGGUUAAGUACGGACCUCCAGAACGAAUUAAGUACUUAACCUGAGGUACCACUGUACCUUAUGGGUUUCUCGCCUAGUAGAUAGGAAAGCUUUUCAUGUGCAGCGACACAAGAGGGCAGGAUGAGACCCUGUUUUAAAUCUGUGGAGAGCCACUUGCAGUCAGCGUUGACAGCACUGAGCUACAUGGCCCAGGGGUCUGAUUCAGUAUAAGACAAAUUACUAUGUUCCUGCGAGGUGCAAGUUCUGAGCUCCUGCAUUUCAUUUCCCUCUUCCAGGAUCGGAAGCCAACGGAUGAUCCUGCUCACCCUCCUCCUCAUGGGCGCCUUUGGUGUCGGGGCAGGCUUUGCGCCAAAUUUCUACCUCUACAUCGCCUUGAGAUUCAUCGUGGGCGCUGCUUUUGCCGGGAUCAGUAUCAGCAUGGCAGCAUUAAGUAAGACACCUCUCUGGGGAAGUUCAGGCCCUGUCAUCCAAAAAUAAAAAAUUAAAAAUCAGCCUUCUCCAAUUGGGGUCUUCCAGGUGCCUUAGACUACAACAGUGAUGUGAGCCGAAGUCCAAAACAUCUGGAUAGCAAAUGCCAAUUUGUAAGGCAGGAAUCUUGCCCACAGCUGUCCUUGGCUGGACUCGAACCACCAAUCUUCCGGUUAACAGCUGGACACACUGACCCGUUGCGCCAGCUGACGAAUGUGUGGAUAAGCCCUGAGUGAGCUUCAAGGCCGCGUGGGGAUUUGAACCCUGGUCUCCAAGUUCCCAGUCCAACAUGCUAACCCUGGCUCUCUCAGCUAGGGAAGAAAUAACCUCAGAGUACAAGUCCAUGUUGGGACGCGGGUGGUGCUGUGGGUUAAACACCCUCUCAGGUGUUGAGCAUCAGAGGGAGUUCUCUUGGAGUCUCGUAAAGGUAAAGGGACCCCUGACCAUUAGGUCUAGUCGUGACCGACUCUGGGGUUGCGGCGCUCAUCUCGCUUUAUUGGCCGAGGGAGCCGGCGUACAGCUUCCAUGUCAUGUGGCCAGCAUGACUAAGUCGCUUCUGGCAAACCAGAGCAGCACACGGAAACGCUGUUUACCUUCCCGGUCCCUGCUCCUGCCAGCCUAGCAGUUCGAAAGCAUGAAGUGCAAGUAGAUAAAUAGGUACCGCUCCGGCGGGAAGGUAAACAGCAUUUCCGUGCGCUGCUCUGGUUCGCCAGAAGCGGCUUAGUCAUGCUGGCCACAUGACCUGGAACCUGUACGCCUGCUCCCUCGGCCAGUAAAGCGAGAUGAGCGCUGCAACCCCAGAGUCGGCCACGACUGGACCUAAUGGUCAGGGGUCCCUUUACCUUUACCUUACAAGUCCAUGCUGCAGGAAUUAUGGCCACACAGUUGAUGUGUUUCUGGAAGAAAUGCAAAACUCAGUCCCAAUUUGCAUGUGUCAAAAUGCUCCUCUGCUUGCUACCAAUGUAGCCUCUUCUGUGUGGCUGCAUGAAUGGCGCUGGGGGGACAAGGCGGGGGGACAAGAAGUUUCCCCUACAUUUCUGAACUGUCAUCAACAUCUGUGGUUACUUUUCUUCCUUGUCCACCUAAAAAUAUACUUUGCUCUUGUAAUUUACGUGGUUAUUUAAAAGCAGCCAAUAAUAAAGUCAGGGUUGUUUUAAAAAAUGCAAGCGAUUGUCAAUGGCAGGGUCUUUUAAUUUUCAGAUACUGACUGUAACUUGAACCCUUUUAGCUUCGGAGUGGGUCGGGCCUUCCUAUCGCCCGCUUGCAAUGAUCAUCAGCCACUGCAGCAACGCUCUUGGGCAGAUGGCCUUGGCUGGCUUGGCGUACGCCAUUCGUGACUGGAGACUCUACCAGAUUGCUGGCUCUGCUCCAGCAUUUGCCCUCUUUUUUUACAUAUGGUGAGUGUGCAAAAGGACCAGAAAUUAGACAGGAGCGAGCCGGCUGUAAAUCACACUAAGCAAGUUGGAAUUAACUCUUUACAGUCAUACGUCGUGUUGCGUUUACUUCAGGUUGAGUGUUUUCAGAUUGCGUCCCGCGGCGACCUGGAAGUACCGGAAAGGGUUACUGGGGUUACUGUAUUUUUUGCUCUAUAAGACUCACUUUUUCCCUCCUAAAAAGUAAGGGUAAAUGUGUGUGCGUCUCAUGGAGCAAAUGCAGGCUGCGCAGCUAUCCCAGAAGCCAGAACAGCAAGAGGGAUUGCUGCUUUCACUGCGCAGCAAUCCCUCUUGCUGUUCUGGCUUCUGAGAUUCAGAAUAUUUUUUUUAUUGUUUUCCUCCUCCAAAAACUAGGUGCGUCUUGUGGUCUGGUGCGUCUUAUAGAGCAAAAAAUACGGAACUUCCAGGUUUCACUGCUCAUGCAUGCAUAGACGCUUCAAAUGACAUCACGCACAUGAGCAGAAGCGGCAAAUCGCGACCUGCGCACGCGCAGACGUGGGUUGCAUUCUGCUCAUGUUGCAAACGGGGCUCCGGAACAGAUCCUGUUCGUAACCAGAGAUACCACUGAUUUGCAAAAACAGGAUCUGCACAGGAAUGUUGGGUCUACUGAGCACAGUGACUCAUCUCCAGUAGUUCUUGCCCCUAUGAAGCAGUGGAGACUGAAGGUCCCUGCCUUCCCAGAGCUGCUUAAGGCCCUUCCUCUCCGGGGCUUUCCCCAAGCAAUCAGAGACUGUGCCCAUGUGCAGCCAACCUCUCCUCCGCCCCUUUCACGCCUCUCUUGGUUCUUGGAGACCAGGGGGGAGGGGAUCUUAUUACAACAGGAAGGGGAGAUACCCAUGUCUUUUCACCAGCCAGACUCACCUGUGCCUCUUGGCCCCCCUCCUCUCCAGCCUUGUCUUCUGCCUCUGCUUCUGGUCUGUUCUCUGUCACAGUCUCUUCCUGCUCACUAAACCCAGUUACUUUUUCAGCUUCCGAAAUCUCCACCUCCCAGUUUCCUCCCUCUUCUCCCUCUAAUCACUAGGAGUUAAAUGGCACCUUAAACCUAGGCUAUGGGUGCAACAACGGAAUGUCUAGGCGCGCUUUUUUAUAACAAGAAUACAAAGCAGAAAAUGAAUGAACUGCAGCUAAAAUAUUAUGUUCAUUUUUCACAUGGACUAGUCCUUCCCCUGCCCUCCCCCCAAUAUUCUUAAGAGGGACACUUCUCCAGAGAGAAGCUGGAAGUGUGGAGGCAGAAAAAGGUCCUCCUUUCCUUCCCCUCUGCAGUUUUAAUCUGAAAUCUUAGGCAGAGCAUUGUGCCCAGAGCUCAGAAACUGCUUGUGCUAAUGAUAUUCCUUGUCGAAAAAUGCGCCUAGAACAAUGGGAGUUUCAAACACUGCGUCCAACCAGGCCAUGACAGUUGGACUGCAUGUAAAAAUAUACAGCGUGCAACGAUUGAGUGAAAUGGUGACAUCAACUCCUAUCUACCCUGUGUUUUAAGAUCUACUAGGGGCCUAGAUAGGGAUGCAGGUGGCGCUGUGGGUUAAACCACAGAGCCUAGGGCUUGCCGAUCAGAAGGUCGGCGGUUCGAAUCCCCGUGACGGGGUGAGCUCCCCUUGCUUGGUCCCUGCUCCUACCAACCUAGCAGUUCGAAAGCACGUCAAAGUGCAAGUAGAUAAAUAGGUACCGCUCCGGCAGGAAGGUAAAUGGCGUUUCCGUGCGCUGCUCUGGUUCGCCAGAAGCGGCUUAGUCAUGCUGGCCACAUGACCCGGAAGCUGUACGCCAGCUCCCUCAGUCAAUAAAGCGAGAUGAGCGCCGCAGCCCCAGAGUCGGCCACGACUGGACCUAAUGGUCAGAGGUCCCUUUACCCUUUAUCUUUUAGGGACCUAGAUAAAAUAAACAGCCUUCUUCAUGCAUAUUCUUCAAAGGCUUUUUUGUCUCUUUUAAUGGCCGAAAUCUAAUUUUGGCACCUGAUCGCAUCAUUAUAACUGCGAUUUUGUUCUGGCCUGUUAAUGUUUACUGAAGUUCUCUUUGCAGUGCUAUGGAGUCCCAAGGGUUCUGAUUCAGCCUUGGCCCAGCCUGGUGUCCAUCAGCCCCCAUCAUCCCCAUCCAUCAGGGCCAAUGGCCAGGGAUGAAAGGAGCAACAUCCAGCAACAACUGGAGGGUACAGUUUGAGGAAGGCUGCCUUCUGCGCUCUCCUAGCACCAGAUUUAGGGUGGUGCAGGCGUUUCCCCUGCACAGGGCACCGAGGGAGUGCAAAAUGGAGAAGAUCCAUAAUUGAGAAGGUCCCUUUGGAGGUGCCAAGUUUUGGCCUCGCUGAGGGUGCCAUAUAAACAAAGUCUGCCCCUGUUUCUACCGGACCAGAGCACAGCAGACUACUACCCACCUCAGCUCCUUUCCAGGUUAAUGCACUUGCUGUGCUUCACAAACUCUUGUCUUCUUCAGGGUUCUUCCCAAGUCUGCGCGAUGGCUUGCGACAAAAGGGAAGGUCGAGGAAGCCAAAAAAGAGCUUCGAAAAGCCGCUUCCAUUAACAAACGAACCGUCUCAGAAGAACUACUCAACCAGGUAACCUGGGAUUUCUAUUGCUCCUUUUCUGAAGGAAGGAUAUGGGGAGGAUAUGGAAAAAGCAAGCGGUGUGAUGGGGAAAGGGAAAACAAGACCAUUGAAAAAAGAGAGAUCCCUGCCCUGCGAUAUUUGAGUCCCUCAUCAAACUGCAUGUUGUUGGGAUACUGCCAGGAAGACGGGGGCAUCAGGCAGGCAUCAGGCAGGCCCCCAGCUGGCUCUAGCCGGCAGCCAGUCUCCCUUGGAGCAGCAUCAAACAGCGACACGAGCCUCAGAUACGUUUAGAGACCCAUGCACGCUCUGUCAGCAGAGUGUGUAAAUCAUCUCACAGCAGAAGAGGCGGACAGAGAGAUGUGCAAGCAUAAUGUACAGCAUUUUAUUCAGCAUAGUUCAGGAACAAAGGAAAACAUGUCUGCUUCCCUUCGUCUCCAGUAAAACAGCAGAGAUGCAAAAGCUAUAUACAAACGGAUGUUCCCAGCAAGUGCUGGAAGUAAACAGGCAUGUGACACACAACAGCCUGUUCCCUUUUAAGGUGGAACAGAACUAUAUCCUAACACAUUUGACUUUAAAAAAAAAAUGUUUAUCCACUUUGAGUAUCUACUAUUUAGCUGUCCACCUGCCCCUCCAAACCACCGCUGCCUUCUCAUUUUAUUUAAUUUACUACAAAAAGUAUAUAUACCACUCAAGGAGGUAUGGAGGACAGCUUACAUUAAGUGUGGGGAACAUCCAUGAGAUGUUGUGAAACUACAACUCCCAUCAGCCUCAGCUAUGGGGUGGGGUUGGGGUGAUGGGAGUUGUAUUUCAACACCUGGGGGGCCAAUGGUCCCCCCGAUCGGGCUUACAUGGUUCCCUAAUUCCUCACAGGCCUGUGAGAUUUGGGCUGGGGGUGGGAGACGAGUCCAAGUACAUCCUGUGAAUUUUGUGGCUGAGUGGAAUCUCUCCAGUCUCGGCUCAACUUGCUAACCCACCUGGCACUCCAGCUGUUUUGGACUAAAAUUCCCAUUGGCCCAAGCCAGCACAGCUGCCCUGGCAGAUGGGUCUGAUGGGAGUUGUAGUCCAACCAGUUUGGGAGCAGCCAUCCUUGAUUCUGGCUGAUGUUCUGUGUCUGUCUUGUCUUGCACAUUUUGAAGCUCACUCCAGAAGAGAAGGUGAAAUCUGGGAAUAUCCUGGAUAUUUUCAAGAAGCCGCAUCUAAGGAUUUUGACUUUAAUCAUGGUCAUAGUCUGGUAAGUAUUCCAAACUAUAUCAAUUCAGUACAGUAUUUUAUUUUAUUUUAAAAAUCCAAUGUCUACAUGGAAAGGCAUCACCAGCUGAAGCUUCCUUGUUAUUCGUUCUCUGUUGUUGUUUAGUCGUUUAGUCGUGUCUGACUCUUCGUGACCCCAUGGACCAGAGCACGCCAGGCACUCCUGUCUUCCACUGCCUCCCGCAGUUUGGUCAAACUCAUGCUGGUACCUUCAAGAACACUGUCCAACCAUCUCGUCCUCUGUCGUCCCCUUCUCCUUGUGCCCUCCAUCUUUCCCAACAUCAGGGUCUUUUCCAGGAAGUCUUCUCUUCUCAUGAGGUGGCCAAAGUAUUGGAGCCUCAGCUUCAGGAUUUGUCCUUCCAGUGAGCACUCAGGGCUGAUUUCCUUCAGAAUGGAGAGGUUUGUUCUUCUUGCAGUCCAUGGGACUCUCAAGAGUCUCCUCCAGCACCAUAAUUCAAAAGCAUCAAUUCUUCAGCGAUCAGCCUUCUUUAUGGUCCAGCUCUCACUUCCAUACAUCACUACUGGGAAAACCAUAGCUUUGACUAUACAGGCCUUUGUUGGCAAGGUGAUGUCUCUGCUUUUUAGGAUGCUGUCGUUCUCUAGGUAUACAGUAAUCAGUGGCUUAUAGAAAAACCUUUGACUUCUAUCCAAUGAGGCUCUGUUUGGUCUAAGGCCAGAUUUUUCUCUUGCCCCGUGAAUGGCUUGGCUGCUUUACUGAGAAUUAACUUUCGUUGGUUGAAAUAUUUCAAGGCCACUCUUAGUAAAACCUGUAGGGUGGGUGGCAAUGAAAGCGUAGUUCACGUGCUCCAGAAAACGAUUCUUAAAUAUCAAGUACAGUCAAAUAAACGAAAGGGCAGCAAGCUGUAAAGGAAGCAUGAAAAUCAGUGGAAUGUGCGGAACGAAAACUUUGCCCAACUUUACAGACAAAAAGUCGUGUCAAAUAUGUCAGUAGGGUUGGUGCCAAGCAGGCCUCCUUGGAGAGCGUGUUCUGCAAAGAGGGUAUCCCUAAGGUGGACCUCUUUCAACUCACGGCUCACCUUACUUUGGAUGGGGAAAGGAUGGGAGAAGGCCUUUGGCAGUGUCUGCAAAGUUCAGGGAGAACCAUGUGAUAGAAAGCAGCCAUUGGAAUUUGCAUGCAUAUAUCUCCAUCAAAUACAACAAACGCAUACCCUCCAAUUGUCCCGAUUUUCCAGGGACAGUCCUGGAAUUACAAAAGGUAGAGGGCACGGAAGAAACAGGGAGCAGAGUGGAGCACAAAGAGUCCCGAUUUUCUUUCUAUUUCAAUGCUUUGUGUGGAUGCGUCUAAUCUUGCCCCUUUCUAAAAUUUGUUCAUUGGCGUGUGCUUUUCUUUUUGUAAAUCUACCAAAGAAUAAAACAAAACAAAACCGGGAUUAAGGGGUCUUCUCAUGAUGGUGGAGGGUGUGUGUGUUUUGUGUCCCAUUGGUGGUGGUGGAAAUGCUUGGGGGUCGGGGGACAAAAAAAAUGGGUGAGGUUGAGGAGGGUCAGUUUUGGGGGGGUCAGAAAUGUCCUUAUUUUCAUCUGAGGAAUGUUGGAGGGCAAGGGUCAGCAAACUUUUUCAGCAGGUGGCCGGUCCACUGUCCCUCAGAUCUUGUGUGGGGUCGGACUAUAUAUUUUUUGGGGGGGGGGGGGAAUGAACGAAUUCCUAUGCCCCACAAAUAACCCAGAGAUGCAUUUUAAAUAAAAGGACACAUUCUACUCAUGUAAAAACACGCUGUUUCCUGGACCGUCCGCAGGCCGGAUUUAGAAGGCGAUUGGGCCGCAUCUGGCCCCUGGGCCUUAGUUUGCCUAACCAUGUGGGAGGAUAUGCAAAGGAAUGUUUUUGGGAAUGGGCGAAAUGUGUAUGCUGUGUCCCAGAUGUAAAAACAAAAUAACGGCAUAUGCUACAGGCAGAGUUUUUAGGCUGUUUUUAAUCGAUCUUGAAUGAGACCUUUUGGUUUGUUGUUGUUUUAUUAUAGUUUCCAGAAGGGCAGCAGGGCUAGUCUCAGGCAGCAAAAAUAGAGUUGGUUUCAACAGUUCUAAACACUGCCUGUCUUGGCCUGGAGGGCUAGGAAUGAGUUCUCCCAUUGAAAAUGAAAAAUUAGAGUCUGAAGAAACUGAAUUCUUCACCCAAGGCUGAGUUAUUGCAAUCUUUUGUUUUUCCCAAUGGUGUGCCCUUAUUCUAACUAGCACUGAAGUUUAGUGGUGGGCUUGUGUGAGCCAGAUAUUAAAAUGAACAAUAGUAAUAAAUGCAGAAUGAACAGUAAUUUCUUGCUUGGUUCACAGGUUUGCAGACAGUCUUGUGUAUUACGGAGUGAGCCUUCAUGUUGGGGAUUUUGGCUUGGACAUCUACAUGACCCAGCUUGUGUUUGGAGCUGUGGAAAUACCAUCUCGAGCCUCCUGUAUCUUCCUCCUCCAGUGGAUGGGAAGGAAAAAAUGCCAGGCCGCUUGGCUUCUCCUGAGCGGAGUCGUGUGUUUGCUCAUCCCUGCUAUUCCAAAAGGUACAAAAAGCUGCUUGAGAGAGAAAACCUAGAAGGCAAACUGCAAGGCAGGCAAGGAACCUGCAGCUGCCCAGAUGUUCCCGACUUCAACACCCAUGAUCCCUGAGCAUUGGCCAUCUUGGCUGGGGGAUGAUGGGAGCUGGAGUUCAACAUCCCUCAUUGUAAGGUCUGAACCACAGGCCUUCGACUGUUUCAGAAGUGUCUCUGUGUGUUCAGGAAUCCCCUGAGGUAUGUGAAGAGAACACAGCAGCCAGGCACUGGUGGAGUUAUUAUGGAGUGCCACAAGGCUCUAGGUCUAUUGCACUGGGGACCUGAUCUUCUGCCCCAUGCCUCCUAAAUUUUUUAAAGGGUUGCUUACAAGGAGGCUGGGCGCUCUAUAAAGUGCACCCACCCACCCUGUUAUUUGCCACAGGCAAAUCUGGAGUCUGAACGCCAGGACUUUUAAGUAGCUAGCAAUGCCCUUGCAGGCAUGGCUUGAGUAAUCAGCUGCUUCUGUCUUCAACUUUGCUUUCUUACACUUUGUGUCCUUCCUCUCUUCCAUCCAUUUCCUCCUUUCCUUGUUUCUUCCCUCCCAUUCCUUUCUUUGAACCAAGACUCUCAAGGGAUUAACUUCUGAAAAAAACAAAACAGGGCACACUGGUUUGCAUGACAAUUACGUGUGCUAGUUUAUACAUAAAGAUGCAAAUUUUAGAAGCAGUUAAAGGUAAAGGGACCCAUGACUGUUAAGUCUAGUCACGGACGACUCUGGGGUUGCGGCACUCAUCUUGCUUUAUUGGCCGAGGGAGCCAGCGUACAGCUCCCUGGUCAUGUGGCCAGCAGGACUAAGCCGCUUCUGGCGAACCAGAACAGCGCACAGAAACGCUGUUUACCUUCUCGCCGGAGCGGUACCUAUUUAACUAUUUCAAGCCGAGGGAGCCGGCAUUUGUCCGUAGACAGCUUCCGGGUCAUGUGGCCAGCAUGACUAAGCAGCUUCUGGCAAACCAGAGCAGUGCACAGAAAUGCCGUUUACCUUCCUGCCGGAGCGGUACCCAUUUAUCUACUUGCACUGGCGUGCUUUCAUACUGCUAGGUUGGCAGCAGCUGGGACCGAGCAAUGGGAGCUCAUCCCGUCACGGGGAUUCGAACCGCUGACCUUCUGAUCGGCAAGCCCAAGAGGCUCAGUGGUUUAGACCACUGCACCACCCGCGUCCCUUAGAAAUUUGAUGGCAUUUCUCCAGGGGCUUGGGUAGAGCGCCAUUUCCUACACCAUGAGAUUCUCCUAAAUGGAGAGGUUGAACCCAGGAUCUUCAACAAGCAAAGUGUCUGCUCUACCACUGAACCAGAGUCUUUCUGCAAAUGGGCACCAGAAAACCUUUCAACUACCCAUGCAUUCCUGGGUUAGAGUAGCUCUGGAUAUCCCUAGGACCACAGGCGACAUUUCAGAACUGGAUUAGACAUUUUCCUAGGCCUGCGGUCUUUCAACAAUGCCUUACCUUCAUUUUUUGUUAUUUAGUUUCUAACCUCAUUGCCUGUCUUUGCCCAGACUUCCCUGUGAUCGUGACGGUCCUGGCUGUUAUUGGCAAGUCUGCGUUGGCUGCCUCCUUUUCAACCACCUAUGUGUUUUCUGCGGAAGUCUUUCCCACUGUUGUCAGGUGAGGAUCUACUACACAAAGCACACUGUAUUCUAAAAAACAUCCUCUACAAAUUUUGCUCAAAUAAGGUGAAGACAGUGGCGGUGCAUCUCGCCAGCGUCUGGGUUGGACGUGACCCCGAUGGUGAAGAUAACAUUUUAAAAAAUACAGGUAGGUAGCCAUGUUGGUCUGCCGUAGUUGAAAACAAAAUUAAAAAAUUCCUUCCUGCAGCACCUUAGAGACCAACUAAGUGUGUUAUUGGUAUGAGCUUUUGUGUGCAUCUGAAGAAGUGUGCAUGCACACGAAAGCUCAUACCAAUAACAAACUUUGUUGGUCUGUAAGGUGCUACUAGAGACGCAGGUGGCGCUGUGGGUUAAACCACAGAGCCUAGGACUUCCUGAUCAGAAGGUCGGUGGUUCGAAUCCCCGCGACAGGGUGAGCUCCUGUUGCUCGGUCCCUGCUCCUGCCAACCUGGCAGUUUGAAAGCAUGUCAAAGUGCAAGUAGAUAAAUAGGUACCACUCCGGCAGGAAGGUAAACGGCGUUUCCAUGCGCUGCUCUGGUUCACCAGAAGCGGCUUAGUCAUGCUGGCCACAUGACCCGGAAGCUGUACGCUGGCUCUUUCGGCCAUUAAAGCGAGAUGAGCGCCGCAACCCCAGAGUCGGCUAUGACUGGACCUAAUGGUCAGGGGUCCCUUUACCUUUGUUGUUGUUGUUUAGUCGUUUAGUCGUGUCCGACUCUUCGUGGCCCCAUGGACCAGAGCAUGCCAGGCACUCCUGUCUUCCACUGCCUCCCGCAGUUUGGUCAGACUCAUGUUUGUAGCUUCGAGAACACUGUCCAGCCAUCUCAUCCUCUGUCGUCCCCUUUACCUUUACCUUAAGGUGCUACCAGAAGGAUUUUUGUUUAUUUUUAAAAAUGCAUCGUGACUGAUAAAAUAGCCGGCGAAACAUUGUGUGCUGGGCAAAAUUGCAUGCAAUGAAGUGAAAAAGUGCACAAAAAUGACAAAAUCGUAAACUGGUGCAGCAUUGCGGUGAAGUGAAUUUGAGAUUGAAGAAAAUGAGAAGGUCAGAGAUACCAAAACAGAUAUGUUUGUUGAUCCUUAUGCACGGGGCAGUUUCUUUACUUCUGGAAACUUGCCCCUGGCAGGGUGCACCUGUCUGCGCCUCCUCUCAGGCCUCGCUCUCUGUGUUUUGCUACUUCCACCAGGCAAAGCAGCUUAGGCUUGUGCUCCAUGGCUGCCAGAAUAGGGGGCAUCCUUGCUCCGCUUGUGGGUCUCCUGGACAAGUUCCACCCUGCGAUUCCCAUGGUGAUCUUUGGGGGCAUAGCACUGGCCGCGGGAAUCCUCUGCUUCUUCCUUCCUGAGACACGGAACCAAGAUCUCCAGGAUGACACUGGCAAAUCCCCAGCCACUCAGAGGUGAGUUGCAGGGGAUUCUAGAACAGCUCUGCGUAAGAAGUUAAGAGGUUGACAUUUUUUGCACAUUGCAUACACCAAGUCUGCUCCAUUCUCGCCUCCUCCACCCCUGCCUCUGUGCUCUCUCUCUCUCUUUUUUAAUUGACUUAAGAAAAUUAUACAGACAGCAAAACGAAGACAUCUAAGUUAACAUUGCCUUCUACCAAUAAGAAAUAAUAAUAACUAUUACAAUAAUGAAUAUACUAAAAAUACAUUUACUUCCCCUUUUGAACUUCUAUUCUGGUUACAAUAUAUUACUAUUCUAUAAGAAUCUAUUAUAUCCUUUGCUGUCCCAUAUAUUAUUUUAUUUCCCAAAUUCAACCUAACCCUCCCCUCCUCCCCACGGCUUCCUUUCAUCUCUGUGAGAUCGUCCCAACAUAAUUUUUUUUCUAGUUGCUUUAACAGAAUAAAAUAACAUGAAAACUAAUAAAUUAUAAUUACUUCUUUUGUCCUUACAUGCUUAACAAUUAAGCGUGCUGUCUCUUUUUUUGGUUAAGUCCAUUGAGUAAAAUGGGUUUUUCUCCCAAGACCUGAGUCCAUGUGACAGGGUUAAUGGUGGAUGAGUUCAGUGUUUUAAGAAAUAAAAUAUUAGGUGGUUCCCCCUCCCCAAUAUCAUUGCUAUUGAAAUUGCAGUUUAAGCUUUUCUUCCUGACCAGCAAUGUUUGUGAAAUUUGCCACGCAUACCCCACACAUAGUAUUUUAAAAAAUGCUAGGAAAGCUUAAAUCAGGAGGGCCAACUUGAAUAAAAUAUUAGUGGGGGAGGAAAGCUCCUCCAUGCAUAAUCAAUCACAUGAUGUCGUGUGCCCAUCAACUUGGGUCCCUCAAAUAUUGUAUUGGGGAGAAGGCUGAAGACCCCAUGGCUUCUAGGCGUCAGCACCUAUGCUUAAGUUUGUAUUAACAUGCAGGGGGGCGAGUGGAACGGGCGAAGAAUUUCAUGGAGAUUGUGGCAGAAGAGAGAAAGUUUGAAAUCCCCUCUCUACACGCUGGGGAAACCAGUGGCUGGGGAAACCCAGCCAGAGGGGUGGGGUAUAAAUAAUAAAAUUAUUAUUAUUAUUGCACUGUGAUCUUGAUAACAAUCCCCACCCCUGUGCAAUAGGUAAUUUAAAAAACAACAACACCCAAUGUGAUUACUAAUUAUGCUGUUAAUUGCCUGUAACUAAGCCCUGAGCGUGCCUAUGAUUGAUGGGUAGGACUUGAAUGAAUGAAAUCGCUGUUAGGCUAGGAACCAGCUUGUUGUUGAUGUUUAGUUGUUUAGUCGUGUCCGACUCUUCGUGACCCCAUGGACCAGAGCACGCCAGGCACUCCUGUCUUCCACUGCCUCCCGCAGUUUGGUCAAACUCAUGCUGGUAGCUUCGAGAAGACUGUCCAACCAUCUUGUCCUCUGUCGUCCCCUUCUCCUUGUGCCCUCCAUCUUUCCCAACAUCAGGGUCUUUUCCAGGGAGUCUUCUCUUCUCAUGAGGUGGCCAAAGUAUUGGAGCCUCAGCUUCACGAUCUGUCCUUCCAGUGAGCACUCAGGGCUGAUUUCCUUCAGAAUGGAUAGGUUUGAUCUUCUUGCAGUCCAUGGGACUCUCAAGAGUCUCCUCCAGCACCAUAAUUCAAAAGCAUCAAUUCUUCGGCGAUCAGCCCUCUUUAUGGUCCAGCUCUCACUUCCAGUGAGAGGAACCAGCUUACAAAACUGUAAACAAGAAAAGGAAAGGCGAAAGAGGCAAGUUUAUUUUGGCUUGCGAAUAUCGCUUGGUGAUCAUUUCUGCUCACCCCAGGUGACCACAGAAGAGUGACAGCUUGGAAGUCUCCACGGAAGAGAUGGCAAUGGGUGGGGAUGAGCAUAGGGGGGCAAUUGGGGGCUGCUGCACGUGAUGUUUAUUUGUGUUCCUUUCCCUUAGGUCCAAAAACGCUCUUGGGGAAAAACCCGCGCAGAAAGAAGCUGGCGAAACGAAAGAACAUACCAACAGCACAUACCUCUAG